AUGAAAUGGAAGAAAUUCUCUCACAAGUUGGAAACAAUUAUUACAAAAAUACGUGACAGCUAUGUGAAAUUUUUAUUAAACUAUUCCUGGUUUGUUAUUAUCUCUGUAAUAUUAAUUUCGUUAUGUUUAUCAGUUUAUGCAGCGCUAUUUUGUUAUGAUACUUUCACAUUCAAUCCAUUAACUGGAUUUGAAACUCGUAAUACUUUUUUAUCGAAUCAACGAUUGGCAUUGGAUAAUUUAAUUGAUCGAGCUGUCACAAACGAACAUAUCAAAUCAAUAAGCAAACGUGAAAUAACCGAUAAUAAUGUGCCACGAAAGUAUGAUCGACUUGCCCACCAUAAAAAUACAAGAGAAACAAAACUAGAAAUACCACUUAAUGCAUGUCAACAGUAUUUCGUCCUUGGUGCUAUCAUUCCACAUGAACUUAUAUUAGUGUUGUCGAAAUUAAUUUUCAAAGUAUCAUCAUUCAAUAGUUUAUUCAACAUGCAUAUAAUGGAGCGAUUAUGUGCCAUCGAUUCCAUUAUAGAUAAUGAAAUUAAUUUGAAUGGUUUGAAUACGACAAAUAUAAAACGUUUAUCGUUUUCCUUUAAUUUACCAUAUUAUACGAUGUGCUUAAAUAUGAAUAUAUCAUCAUCAAAUUCAUGCUCUUCGCUUGAUUCUAAUUACAUUGAUGUGUUCAAAUCGCUUGUCUUAGCAUGUCAGUCGGAUGAGUCGUUAAUUCAAUGUCAACUACCCAUUGCUAAACAACUUUCCAACAUGAUAUUUCAGAAAAAUGACGGGCCUAUAGAUGUUAAUCAACCACUUCAUUUUGCUGUUGUUUUACCGAUUUUACAAUCAGCUGAUGGUUAUUCACAUUUUCAUUUUUAUUCAAGUUUACUUCAAAAGUUUCAAGAAAAUUAUAACGACGAUGAGUUAAAAUUAGUUGGAGCGCAAUUUGGCAUUAAAGAAGGAUUGUUUGUUAAAGAACUUCGAAAUGAUAUACGACUUGGUGUAUUAGCUGUCAUUCUUACAAUAUUCAUUAUAUUAAUAUAUACUGACAGCUUUUUCUACACAUUUUGCAUCACUGCUACCUUAUUAUUAUCAAUUAGUGUUGCUUUUUUUGUUUAUACGGUAAUUUUUGGGAUUAAAUUUUUUCCAUUUUUGAAUUUACUUGCAAUGAUACUUGUUGUUGCCGUUGGUGCGGAUGAUGCAUUCCUUUUCAUGUAUCAAUAUCGGAAACAUAAAGAGGAUGCCACUAAAAAAUGGUCACCAGUGUUAUUGAAUUGUGAAUCAAACAAUACAAAAGAAGAGAAUUCUGAUAAACAGGAGUUAAUGGAAUAUCAUCGUCAACAAGUGAUAACAGGUUUAAGUGAUGCAUUAUCACACGCUGCAAUUUCAAUGUUGGUUACAUCAGCAACUACUGCUGUUGCAUUCUUUGCUAAUCUUGCUUCAGAGAUUAUGGUACUUAGAUGUUUUGGUAUAUAUGCCGGUAUAUUAAUGAUGAUUAAUUAUAUGCUUGUAAUGAUAAUAUUACCUGCUGCAAUUGUCGUUAGUGAUGGACGUGUUAAAUCAUUUAACAUUUCAACAUUUUUCGUUUGGAGAAUAAAAUCACGAAUUACUCAACUUUGGCAUAAUGCUGCCACUAGCAUUGAUAUUGUAUUUAGCAGAAUAAUUUCACAAAUUGUAUAUAUUGUUCGAUUACCACUGACAUUAUUAGCACUUAUUGCAUUUGUUAUAUCAAUUUAUGCAAUUGUUAAAACACCUGGAAUUCGAUUACCAGAAAAAAAUUCAAUUCAGUUUUUACGUUCUAAUCAUCCAUAUGAAUGGUUUGAUGAAAAUGCUGCAACACUGUUCGACUUUUCGAACGGUCAACGUCCAAAAAUGAAUGUUAUUGCGAUUUGGGGCAUUAAACCAACAACGGAUGGAAGUUUGCUGAUUCCAAAAGAAAAAGGAUCACUAAAUAUCGAUAGUGGAUUUGCUGAUAUUUUGGCCAAUCAUCUACUAGAAUUUCAGAUUACAUUGCUCAAAUAUGUUAGCCAUCAAAUCAAUCCAAAUGUGAAACAGAAAUUAUGGUUGGAUGAAUUUAUUAAAUGGACAAAUUUAAAUACAACUUCAAAAAGCUGCCGACUAUUCAGUGUAAAACAAUCCGGAUUAUCAACUCCGAAAUCAUUUUCCGGAAAUAUGCUUUCACAUUGUUUUCUUCAAUUUGGACAUGCAAAAUCACUUCCGAUAUUUGACCAAUGGCAACGUAAUGAUAAUGAUGGACCAAUUUUUGAUAAAAAUGGCACCUUUUUGGUGUACUUUUUAUUAACAUAUAGCAAAUAUAAUUUGUCAACUAUUUUCAAAGAAAUGAAACCAUUUUUCGAUUUUAUAAAAAGCAUAAAAAUGGGGGAAAGUGAAAUUUCAGAAUUCAAUGAACCUUUAAUUUUAACAACAAAUCGUAUAACGAAGUUGUAUGAUUUAUUUGAGCGUAUUCUGAAUGGUACCGCUAUUUCGGUAUUUAUUUCAUUGAUGGUUAGUAUGAUAGUGAUCAUUUUUAUCACUUUCAAUGUGAUCCUAUCAUUUUUGGCUAUCAUUUGUAUUGCUACCGUUGUUACUGUAACUAUUGGUAUCGUACUUUGGGCUGGUUGGACAGUUAAUGUUGUCGAAGCAACAAUAAUUGUACUAACAAUUGGCAUGAGUUUCGAUUACUGUCUUCAUUUCGCCGUUGGUUUCCGACUUCAUAAAACCGCUAAUUACAGUAUAGUAGCAUCUGCUGUUGGUAUACCGGUAUUUCUAUCAGCUGUUUCAUCAUUCUUUUCGGGAUUUGUUCUAAUUGGCGCUUCAACACAAGCAUUUUUUGAAAUUAGUGUCUUUCUGAUGCUAAUUACUAUCAUAAGUUUUACCGUUGCUGUAUUUGUCUUCCCUUCGAUGGUUACUUUGCUAUUACAAAAAUGCUCAUCACCUGAUCCGGCAGCAACCACGCACCUUUAA